AUGAGUAAGGCUCUGGAUCAGAUCUCUAAGUCACCCUUCAUGUGCAGUAUAGAAGGGGCUAGGCUACCUCAGUGGUUCCAUCAGCCUAUGUUCACCAUUUAUAAUGGUCAAGCGGACCCCGUAGAGCAUGUGAGCCAGUUUAAUCAAAGAAUGACUGUCCACUCCAAGAAUGAAGCUUUGACGUGCAAGGUUUUCCCGUCCAGCCUAGGACCUGUAGCGAUGAGGUGGUUCAAUGGCUUGAAGAUGAACUUCAUAGAUUCCUAUAAGCAGCUCACCCAAGUCUUUAGCUCUCGCUUCAUUACGAACAGCAGGGCUCCUUGGCCUCUGAGCUCAUUGUUGUCAUUAUCCAUGUGUGAGGGAGAAACUCUGAAAGUAUACUCGGACAGAUAUUGGGAAAUGUACAAUGAGAUGGAUGGCAAUUUUGAUGAUGUUGCCAUCAGCACUUUUAAAAGCGGUCUCCUAACUGAGCAUGGCUUGAGAAAAUCCUUGACUAGCAAGCCUGUCAUCAGUGUACGUCAACUUAUGGACCAGAUUGACAAAUACAAACGGGUGGAAGAGGACCAGCUGCAAGGGGAAGGAAAGGAGAAGGUUAUCCCACAAAGGAGGAGUGAUUUUAGGUUAGACCGAUACAACAAUAACCGUUCGAGGAGAGAUUUCGCAGGGCAAUCUGGAUCAACCAAUACGCAAACGGUUAACGUCGUAUUCAGAGAACCAGUACAUCAAGUUUUAGAGAAAAUCAAGAAUGAACCAUUCUUCAAGUGGCUGAAUAAGAUGGCUGGAGACUCCAUGAAGCGCAAUCGGAGUCUGUAUUGUCAAUACCACCAAGACCACGGACAUACUACAGAAAACUGCAGGAACCUUUGGAACUACCUUGAUCAACUGGUCUAA